AUGGCAUCCUCCUCGUCGUUGCUUCUGUUCUUCCUCCUAGUCCUGGCCUCGUCGGCGGCGGGCGACGACGGCGGCAAGCUCACACGCAUCCGGGUGUACAUGCACGAGACGUUCGCCGGCCCGAACGCGACGGCGCUGGCCGUGGUGCAGUCGCCGCUGGGCGCGAGCGAGACGUUCGGCCGGGUCGCCGUGCUCGACGACGAGCUCCGCGACGGGCCCGACCCGGCCAGCUCCAGGCUCGUCGGCCGGUACCAGGGGAUCUUCGCCGGGACGGCGCUGCCCGGCACGCAGCCCGGGUCGUUCCAGUCGGCGAUCACCUUCGUGUUCACCGCCGGCGGGUACGGCGGCAGCACGGUGACCAUGGUGGGGCCCGUGCUCGGCUUCACCGGCGGCAUCGAGCGCGCGCUGGUGGGCGGCACCGGCGCGUUCAGGAUGGCGCGCGGGUACUGCGUCAUGACGGCGGUGGCCACGACGGCGAAGUCGGUGGUCUACGAGGCCGACCUCUUCGUGCUCAUGUACGAGGCGUGAUCGAUCGCCGUGUCUGCCUUUGGCUGUUUGCUUUGCAGUAAUUUCAGGCUCUCAGAUGUCAAUCUGAGACAUUUGUCAGUUUGGCCAUGUUGUGAGACAUCAGCUGUUCAUUCGGCUUUGCUAUA